AUGGAUUCACAAGACCUAUAUUCAUUGAAGUGCAGCUCAUCACCAGCUGUUCUCCCCCACUGCAUACAACCAAAACCGCCCAAUUCCCUUACACAAACUCCUUCGCCAAAAGACAAGUUAUAUGCAAAACAUUUGUCUAAUGAAUCUGAUAGCUCUUGUAUCCAAAAUCCUAAAAGCACGUAUGCUCCAUCUUCUAUGUUCUGUACUAGUUUACAUUUUUCAUCUUCAACAAACCCUGAGACUUCAUGCUAUCUUGGAAACCAACCUUUCCUACCAAAUCCCCCGAACUCCAACCGGUACCCUCAUGCUGUUAAUUCACCAAAGUCUUCAUUGCCUUCAGGUGGAGGUGUAAAUGGUAGAUGUGGGAAAGAGACAUCAUUUGACUUGAUGAAGGGAUUCGAAUACAUUAUUCCUGGACAAUGUUCUGAUGGUAUUUUCUGGGGCGAGAAUUAUGCAAGUGACAGUUUAACAUUAUCACAGCAGUUGGAAUUACAAAAUUUUUCUGAAGAGCUCAACAUAGCUAUAAAUGAUACCA